AUGGCUACACCCAAACCCGAAAAAGAAUUGCAUCUACCGCUAUCAAGAGUGAAAACCAUAAUGAAAAGUUCUCCAGAAGUUGACGCGGUUGGUGCCGAAUCUCUGUAUUUAGUUACCAAAGUUACUGAAUUAUUCAUACUAGACUUAGCAAAACGGGCAUUCAAGAACAGUAAGAACAACUUGCUAGAAUACAAACACAUAGCAGAAGUGGUGCAAGAGGAUGACAGUUUAGAUUUCUUGAGAGAAAUAAUACCUAGAAAGAUUACAGUUAAACAAUUUAAGGAGUUAAUGGCUCGAAAGGCAAAAGCUAAUUCAGAUGACUCAAGCGAAGAGAGCAGUAGCGAAGAAAGCAGUGAGGAGAGUGAUGAAAGUAAUCAAGAAUGA